UAAACAUUACUGUACUCUGAAGAUCCACCCCAAUUAUCCGUCCUGAGGUCAGCAACUUGGGACCCUGUAGGGAGAGGGAGGCAGAGAUGGCUCAAAGUUCAACUUUCCCUGAAGUAGUGGAGCUCAACGUGGGUGGUCAGGUGUAUGUGACCCGUUUCGAGACUCUCACCGCGGUGCCCAGAUCGCUCCUGUGGACCAAGUUCACCCAAUGCACUCCAGCCGACCUGCCUAAAGACAGCAAGGGCCGCUUCUUCUUUGACCGGGACGGCUUUCUGUUCCGCUACAUUCUGGAUUACUUACGGGACUCGGAGCUUUUUCUGCCGGAGUUUUUCAAAGAGAGGAAGAGGCUGCAGAAAGAGGCGGACUUUUUCCAGCUACCGGAGCUGUCGAGGCGGCUGGCGGUGGCCAGUAAAGACAGCUCCUCCGCGGAGGACAGCGGGGAGCCGGAGGAGGCUGAACUCACCAGCCCGGUCACCUCCUCCUCCUCAUCGGAUAGACCCCUGCGCUCUCCGGGGGGAAACUCCGGCUACAUCACCAUCGGGUACAGAGGCACCUACACCAUCGGCAGAGACAUCCAGGCGGACGCCAAAUUCCGCAGGGUUGCCAGGAUAACAGUGUGCGGAAAGAUCUCUCUGGCCAAGGAGGUUUUCGGGGAAACCCUGAAUGAGAGCCGCGACCCGGACCGGCCCCCGGACAAAUACACGGCUCGCUACUACCUGAAGUAUAACUUUUUAGAGCAAGCGUUUGACCGGCUGGCGGAGACUGGCUUCCACAUGGUGGCCUGCAACUCCACCGGGACUUGCUCUUACGGCAGCAACGACCCAUCGGAGGACAAACUGUGGACCAGCUACACUGAGUACGUCUUCUGCCGAUGAGCUGGUGGACCCCGCAGACUACCGACAGCUUUGGGAGAAAUAACAAAGCUGUUAUUACAUACAGUAACAGAAAGUUAAUUAACAUAAUACCAGUGCCAACUUUGCCUUUAGAUUCAGGUUCUUGGUCUGCAGAUUAGGGUCAGUCAGAUUCUCUGCAGCAAGAAACUUCAAACUCCUUCAUAAAUCUCUCCACUACAAGCAACGACAAGCGUGACUUUUCAGAUAAUAUCACUGGGUUAUUUUUAUGGCUACUGGCCUCAUGACCUUUAUGGCUUUUAGAGAAGCUGCUUUGUUCUUAAAUUCAUGACAAGUUUUCUCCCCAGAGUGGCAGAAAUGUUAGGAACUACCCCAGCAUUCUCAUUGUCGGUGUUUUACUCUGUAAUGUCGCUGUGGAGAUGCUUGAGGAACAUACUCACUAGAAUGUGCACUGUAUUCAGUCUGGGUUUUCACUUGUAUGCUAUCAAGUCUUACAUGUUGUGUGUUGCCUUAUUACAUUUUUGUUUCCUAUUGUUCCAUGUUGCUUUUUAUGACACUUUGAUAUGUUUUCUUUUGUGCUUUGAGAUCAUGUAAAGUUAUUUUAUUCAAAACACAGCAAAUAAAGUGUGACACUUUAACACUA